AUGUCCAAGCGCGUUCUCGUACCCAUUGCCGAAGGCAGCGAAGAAAUCGAGACUACCUGCAUCACGGACACGCUGACACGUUUUGGUGCUCAAGUCACAGUUGCGUCGGUAAUGAGCGGCGAGCUGCUGUGCAAAAUGAGCCGCAAUGUAUACAUGAAAGCUGACACGACAAUUGAGGAUGCCAUCGAAGAAGAUUGGGAUUUGGUCGUCUUACCUGGCGGAAUGCCCGGUGCAGAACAUUUACGUGACUCCAAACCUUUGAUUCAGCUUUUGGAGAAGCAAAAGAGUCAAGGCAAACUGUACGGUGCCAUUUGCGCAGCUCCAGCCGUGGCCCUGGCACCGCAUGGUUUGAUACCUGACGGCGCAACGGCUACCUGCUAUCCAGCUCCUGGUUUUCGCGAUAAGCUCAAGAAUGUUUCGGAAGACGAUGUCGUUGUCAGUGGAACCUUGACGACCUCGCAAGGGCCCGGAACGGCCUUACUUUUCGCUCUGCAACUCGGUGAGCAUUUGUACGGCAAGGAAAAACGCGACGAAAUUGCGAAGCAGAUGCUGGUGCAAAUCGUGCGUUUGAUAUGA